AUGAUUCAACAUGCUUUUCCAUUAUGUUUGACAAUAUCAUGGAUAUAUACAUUUGCAAUGUUAACACAAAGUAUAGUUUAUGAAAAAGAAGUUCGUUUAAAAGAAGUUAUGAAAAUUAUGGGUUUAAGUAAUGGUGUACAUUGGAUUGCACGGUUUAUAACAGUAUUUAGCCAAACAACUGUCGUUAUGAUUGCUGUAACAAUAAUUUUACAUUAUGGAAACGUUCUUAUGCAUUCAAAUCCAUUUUUAAUAUUUAUUAUUUUUGAAAUUUAUGCUCUUUCGACAAUUAGUCUUGCGUAUGUGUCAAAUAGAUGUUUUUAUUCGAAAGCUAAAAUAGCUGCUGCUUGUUCAGGAAUUAUUUAUUUAUUAACCUAUGUACCAUGUACGUAUAUAUCAAUAAGAGAAGAUUUCGCACAAGAUAUAAUACCUAAAUGGGCUAAAAUGUUAGCUUCUUUAUUUUCUACAAGGGCUUUUGGUAUGGGAGUUAAAUAUAUCGCAUUUUAUGAAAAUAUUGGUACAGGAAUUCAAUUUGAUAAUAUUCAAUAUAGUCCAGUUGAAGAUGAUCAUUUUACUUGUUUUGAAACUAUUCUUUUUAUAGUAUUGGAUACAUGUAUUUAUCUUAUUCUUAUGUGGUAUAUUGAAAAUAUUUAUCCAGGUACCUAUGGAAUACCAAAGAAAUGGUAUUUUCCAUUUACGAUAAGUUAUUGGACUGGAGAAACACAUGUUGAACCUAAUUGGAUAAAAAAAUUUAAAAAAAUUAACUUAUUUAGAUGGAUUAUAUGUGGAAAACAUCAUAUGCCUUAUACCUUCCAUUGGUCAACACUAUCGUUAAAUCAAAUAAUCAAUGAUUCUAAGAGAAAUCAAGGUAUAACCAUGCAUAUUGUUAUUUAUCCUUUGAAGUUUAGUUGAUCGAUUGAAAAAUUGUUUGUUUUUUAAUAAAAAUAGUUCAUUGCAAACGAGGAUACUUUUUACAUGAAUAUAUAUAAGAGCCAUAUCAGGCAAAAAAUGGGCCAUACCUCCUUUCAUUUGACUUUGAUUCUUGAUGAGAGUUAUUUUUUUUGAAUAAGUUCUUUUUGCAUAGACCUAUGUAAAAAUGUUGGCUGUUUCAGUUGCCUAUUAAUUUGAAUUAAUUAGCGAAUAUAUCUUUAACUAUACGAGAAAAAAAUCCGAAAACUUCAGAAUAGACUCUACAGCACGAUCUACAUCUAUGGUGAAAUUUUUAGCAAGAUUAGACUCCAAAAAACUUCCUCUGACAAAGCAACUUUCUAGAGACCCUGUCAAAACCUGAAACAAGACUUUUCGUCUUACCAUCAUUUAGAGAUACCAAACAAGAAUUUGUACCGUUUCGAAUCGGUUUCAAACUUCUCAUCCGGUUAUAAGAACAUUUUUUUCAUACUUCGUCACAUCGCUAACAGAGAGUUAAUCGGUUUUUUUUGAAAACUCUAUGCAUAUUUAGAAAAAAUUUUCCACAGAAAUUUUGUUGUCGCAAGAAUUGUCUGCAGAAUAUACGAUUUAGUUUUCAAAAAUACUACCUCAAUUCAGUGUUUUUUACAACUAAAAUGUAUGCAGUGAAAGUCGAUGUCCUUUUUUUCGUGUCACGUCACUGACGCUAGUUUUUUACUGAUAACUCCUCUAGACAAAACUCUCUAAUGCUGGUUUUUUCAGGACAUCUCGAGUAAUUUAAUAUACAUAUAACAUAUAAAAAUAAACUCUAGAAAUGAUCAUUAUCCUGAGAUACACAUGUUUUAAUGUUGCGAAGUGACGUUGUUAACGAAUAAAAAGGUCCAUAAAUAGUUAAUUAAAUAGUUAUGUUCAAGCGAAUGAAUAUUAUACAUUCGUUGGAUGGUAGCUGUGUUUCUUCUUUUAUAAGUUCAAUAUGAAAAGUA